AUGUGCGCUAGCUUUCCCGACCAGCCUCAGGUGUACAGACACCUCGGGGAACCCUCUGCCGAACUUCUCGAGUUAAGCGCACAGGCAGAUGGCUCUUCUGCUGAGGGUUCCUACUGCAUUCACUUAUGGAAUCGGCAAGUUGAUUUGCUGGACUCCUUCAUACUGAGUGUGGAGAGAGAGGCAGCAGCAGCAGCAGCAGCAGCAGCAGCAGCAGCGGGCCGAGGGGCGCUGCCGGGCGGUCAGGCGCAGCCGGAGCCGCGGCCUGUGCUGCUGGGGCCAGGGGCGCAGGCGCAGCAGCAGCUGCUGCCGCAGGAACCGCAGCCACAGCAGCCGCAGCCGCAGCAGCAGCAGCCGCAGCAGCCGCAGCAGCAGCAGCAGCCGCAGCAGCAGCAGCGGCCGCCGCGCCGGCGCACGGGGGCCGCGUUCAAGAGCCGCUCCAGACAAUGCAGAAGCAGGCCAAAGUCCAGCAAAGCCAACAGCCCAGCCCCCAGCCCCGCAGCUUCUUUGUGUUCCUCUCAGGCGGAAACUCACAUCCCCUCGCCUUCCAGUUCCCCGGACUCUCUUCUGGGUUGA